AUGCGCACCACCACCCCUCCCCACGCACCCCGGCCUAUGACCCCGCCCAUCGAAGAGCUAUCCGCCUCAUCGUCCUCAUCAUCAUCCGAAACGCUGCACGUAGACCGCACACUCGAGUCGCUGCGCACCAUCCUCGGCAAGCAGCCCCCGUCCGCAACGUCGCCGAGCAGCAGCAAGAGCUCGUCGCUGCCUGUGCCCCGGCCCUCUCUACUCGCCCCACCGACCGUCGCACCCAUCUCGGGCACCUCCAACGCGACCGCCUCCAUCUCGCGGCUCUUCACCAAGGCCCGCCAUUCCUCAUCCACCCGCCCACCGUCCCCGCCCCGCCAAUCCGUCCUCAAGAACCGCUCCGCGCCCCCAACACCCAUGGCCACCGCCCCGCCCACGCCCCUCAUCACCGGGUUCCCCGAGCCGUUUGCCGGGCUGCACCUGAGCAUGGCUGUCCCGGGCCUCCGGCGGGGCAGCGUGAGCGCAGGCGCGAGCACGGCGUCCUCCGGGCGGUCGACGCCGAAGCGCAUCUCGUUCGCGGAGCUGCCCGAGAGCUACGCGGGGAGCAAGCCGGACGGCGCGCCGAGCAGGUUCCGGGACAAGCUGAAGGGGAAGGAGCGGGCGCGGGGCGCGGCGAGGGCGAAGGGGAAGGGCAAGGGCAAGGGGAGGGACGAGGAGGAGGGGGGGUGGUGGACAGGGUGGUUGCUCGGUGCGGCGGGGACGGGGAGCGGGGCGGGCUUGAGUAUGGGCGCGUCGAGGGAGGAGCGGAUGAGGGGCCCUGGGUGGAGUGCGAGACCUGGGUAUGUGGGUGGGGGAUGGGAGGAGUGGGGGGCAUAG